UCUCAGCCCCUCUCACCUGUCCUCAGGUGUCCAGAUCCUGUGCAUCUGACCCUCAGAAGCCCCUGUCAAGUCCUGCCCGCAGCGUCCACUCCACUGAAGACACAGGGAGCGGGGCCAUGUGUCCCCCAGUCCGCAUGCGCCACGGGGCGAAGGGCCUGUCCUGCCUGUAUGCCGCCUGGCUGUACCAGCUUGUCCACGGAGACCAGAUGCAGAUCUGCUUUGCUUGCUUCAAGGCUGCCUUCCUGGUCGUUAAAAACAUGUUGGAGAUGGGAGACUGGGAAAUGUGGAGUCCCGAGUCCUCCGAAUUUUCCGAGACAGAGUCUGAGGAAGACACGGGGUCAGAGCAAGACGAAUGGCUGGAGUUCAGCUGGGGAGAGGGCCAAGGGCAGCCUCCUGAGGAUGACUCUGAGCAGGGAGUUCCUGAGGCCCAGGCCCCAGCACCUGUAGGGGCAGUGAUGGUGGGACUGGGACCCCAGUCUAUGCCCACUGAGCUGGAGCCUCAGGAAGCAAUUCCCCUGGACCUGGGCCCUGAGCAUGCUGAGUGGACCCAGACCCUUCCCUGGAGAUUCGAUGGCCUUUCUCCCUGCUCACACUGGCUCAUCCCACCUCUCUCCUGGGGCGAUAUUUUCAGUUUGAGCCCGUCUCCAGGGCAACCUGUAUUGCUGGAGCUGAGCCCCACCUGGCCCAUGGACCCUGUGGAGGCGGAGGCCUGGCUGGUAGAACUGAAGUUCGUUUUCUUGUUGGGUAGCUUCAGUACCACCUUCUACUUGCUGUCGAUGACUCCCUGCUGGGCAGUGAGGAUCCCCGUCCAGCGCUGGCAGGUGUUGCUGCACUCUGGUGAGGCGAGGUUGGCCAGGCUGCAAAAUGCCCCUCAGCAGGAGGACGUGCAGCGCUGGAAGCUGAGCAUCCUGGAGCCCUCAGAGCUGGGGAUAGAGAUGGUGCCUGCAGACUGCAGCCUGCGGAAGGGAGGCUUCACCCUGCACUCUUACUUGCCCUGGCAGAAUGGCACUCCAGAGGCCUGGAGCUGGGAGCCGAGAGAGCGACUGCAUGUCACAGAAGUCGUGCCUCUGAGUGAACUGCCCCUCUUCCAUCCCUCUUCCCCAGAGCCCCACAACUGAAGGACUGAGGCAGCCAGCACCAUCCUUGCUGUCCCAGGGCCCCAGGGACGGAA